AUGAGUUUUCGCAACCCGAAUCUAGUGAGCACAUCCAGUACCGAUUCAGAUCCUAUGAGUUUUGUCAUAAACAGUAAAAUCAUACUCACCGCCACAAUCAUAAUCUUAUUCAUCGUCCUUUUUAUGAUCUUUCUUCACCAUUACUCUCGCCGCUCCAAUCUUAGUCGUCACGUCGCCGACCCUUCCACCAACGCCGUCGUCACCACUCCAGGUGGCCUUAACCCUUCUGUCAUCAAAUCUCUUCCUGAAUUCACAUUCUCUGCCGCAACCGCAGAAACCUCUAUGGAAUGUAGGGUUUGCCUUUCGGAGCUCGAGGAUAGCGAAACAUGUCGGGUUUUGCCAAAAUGCAAUCAUACGUUUCACAUUGACUGUAUUGAUAUGUGGUUUCAUUCUCAUUCCACAUGUCCUCUCUGCCGAUCACUCGUGGAGCCUUUCGCCAGAGGAGUUAAAUCGAUGGCAGAGGAAGUCUCGGUCUCCCGGUGA